UGCUUCGCUACUCCAUACGCCGCUGGUUUUUUCUAUCCCUCAUCGGCGGUCUCAUGGCGGAGGACAUACUUCAAAACAUCGAAGACGGCGAACUCUGGCUGCCGUCCGACGUCAUCCGCGCCGUAGGUGUUUGCCGCCACCACCAUCUUUCUGGUAGUCUCGCCGCGAUGGACGACCUCGCUCAAAAGCUCGCAUGUUUAGAUCUCCUCGACCGGCGCCGUGUGAUCCCAAGCGUUAAACCUUUCAAAGAUUCCACCUUUAAUCCGGAGGUUCAGUUACAAAGACAGGGAAGACCCUUUUCACCCUUACCACUGGCGAACGGCGGUUACAAAGCUCCGGUGAGGCGAAGGGUAGCAGCCGACGAAUGGACCGGCGCGUACUUUCCUGUUUCAAAACCGGUUCAUAAAUUUUAUCCGGCUUUGCCGGUCGAUUCCAAUAUAGAAAGGAUUCGACUGGCGACAGCUAGGGUUUUGCAGAGGCAACGGCAGCAGCAUGGCCAUUUGGUGAACCGGUUUAUACCGACCCGGUCAGCCUGUUCGGGCCGGGAGACCGGUGGAACUGGCGUCUUCCUCCCCAGAGCUUACAGAGUAGACUCGAAAAAGAAACCUUCGAACGUUCAAGGAACAUCUGAGUUUCAGCAACCAAUGUGGAGUCCAGCGUCUGGUAACCAGUCGGCGAAGCUUCUAUCUUCAUCAGAAAUAGAUUUGCCUCAUGAUUGGACAUACUGAGAUCUUCCAGGAUUCCGUCAUGUUCUUGUAAUGUAAUCUCUGUUUGAAAAUGUUCCAGCUGAACAGGAGGAAGUAAAAAAAUGGGGUUUUUGAGCUCUGGAAGAAAGAUUUGAUCAGAUUAUAUAGUAAAAUCAGUAGGGCAAUAGUUUUUGCUUUUGAAGGAAGUGGACAGAUGGAAGAAACUUGACUUUUGUAAUGUGAUCCUUCGUCCUAUUUUAGUUUCCAUUGUGCU